AAUAGCAAAGUGCAAAACAAACCAUCCAAAUUUUGAAACCCCAAGAUCUAAUUUUUCCAUUAACUUCCCCACCUUCUCUCUUUUGAGUUUUUCACCCUCCUCCUCUCUUCUUCCCCUCUCUCACAGCCAUACACAGAGGGGAAGGAAGAAAAGGAAAAAAAAAAAAAAUCUUGCUCAGGUGGUGAUCAUGAUAUCUCGCACCACCAUCGUUCUGUGAGAGAAAACCCACAAGGGCAAAAGAAAGAAACACCAUGGAAACCAAGGUUCCCACGACGAAGAGAACAUUGAGAGGCUACGUGGAACAGGAACUGGGCAAGUGGCCGCACUUCAUAGUCUACGCCGUUUUGGAAUGGUUCUUGAUCCUAGUCCUGUUCGUCGACGGGUUCCUGGCCUUCUUCGCCAACGAAUACGCCAAGUUGUUCGACCUCCGGCUGCCAUGCCUAUUCUGCACCAGAAUCGACCACGCCUUCCGCCACAGAUCUCACGACUUCUACUACAACGACUCCAUCUGCGAUUCCCACCGGAAAAAGGUCUCCAGCCUCGCUUACUGCCACAUCCACAAGAGGCUCUCCGACAUCAGGAAAAUGUGCGAGGGCUGCCUCCUCUCCUUCGCCACCGAGAAAGAAUCCGGCUCCGACACCUACAAAUCCCUCGUCGGAAUCCUCCACAAGGACGUCGAGCUCUUCUUCGAGGACGACGAGGUCCAGCUCCCAAAACAGCCCAACGACGUCGUCAUGGCCGCGGCCCAGGCCCACCAUUCCCUUCACCGAUGCUCCUGCUGUGGGGGACCACUCAAAGGCGGAAAACCGAAGGGGAAAAACGCUGGAUUCUCACAGGCUCCAACUCCGUCCCCACGAGCGCUGCCGCCACCGACGGUGGCGCCUCUCCGCCAUCUCGAGCUGCCGCCUUCGACGAGGUUCGACGCGGAGAAUAACAACAGUAAUAUGAUGGACGAGAUGGGCGAGGAGUUGAUGAGGACGCCUAGCUUCAUCCGAGGGAACAAGUUCUUCGGCAUCCCGCUGACCGAUUCAGCAACCACGACUCCUCGGUGGGCAAUUCGGUGCCCUCCUAAGAAAUCGGCGCUCGACAGGGGGUCCGAUUUCUCCGCCGAGGAAGGCGGAGGCGGGACCGGAGACCAGAGCGCCCCGACGGAGCCAGAGGGCGGGGACCCAAGACAGGUUCGAUUGGACCGGAAGUCGCUGAUGGAGCUGUACAUGGAGCUGGACGAGGAGAGGAACGCAUCGGCCGUGGCGGCGAACAACGCGAUGGCGAUGAUCACGCGACUGCAGGCGGAGAAAGCGGCGGUGCAGAUGGAGGCGCUGCAGUACCAGCGGAUGAUGGAAGAGCAGGCGGAGUACGACGAGGAGGCGAUCCAGCUGCUGAGGGACGACCUGAAGAAGAAGGACCGGCAGGUGAAGUACUUGGAAAACGAGAUCGAGGCUUACAAGAUUAGGUAUGGGGAUAUAAUGGAAGAUGGGUUUGUAGUUGAUGAGGUUGAUGAAGAUGAUGAUGAUGAUGGAGCGUAUCAGGAGGUGGAGGCGUCGGAGUAUGGUACCCCGAGUUAUGGCGGAAUGGGGAGCAACACCAGCAGAGAGGAGAGUUCAGGGAAGAAUCAGAUUGAGAAUGCAGGGGAGGGAGGAUCUGUGAGGCCCAACAAGUUCGGUGGACUUCGCCGGCUGAAACAACUCGAGAUUGAAUCGUCGGACGAUGAGACAGAGCAAGAGAGCAGAAUGAAGGAUCUAUCUCAUCUGCGAGCGAGGGUGAGAGCAUUGGAAGAAGAGGACGAUUUCUUCAGAGAUGAUGAUGUUACAGUAGGAGGAGGAGUAGGGAAUGGGAGUGAGAAGGGGAAACUUAUCUCCGGAGAAUCUGCAUAAUCUUCGUCAGGACUUCAAUGCCUGAAAUGUGUCUUGUGUUUAUGCUUAACACAAACCCUCCCUCCUUUUCAGUGUAAAGAGUACAAGCUUCGUUCAGUCAAUGUCCCUCUCUAGCAGCACGUAGCUUCUUCGGCAAGUAAGAAAUAGGGAUGGGAGAAGACACCCUUUUGGGAAGGGAUCCAUCUCUUCUCCAAGACAACCCUUUCCGGGUCUGCGAGAGAUGAGAUUUGGGAACCUUGUCAAGCCCAGCUUACCAGAUGGUGAUUUUAGCUUUAGUAGGAAAGAGAGGAGAAACAAUGCCAACACAAACUGUAAUAUUAUUGUGUCAUUUUUUCCUCAAAAACUUUAUAUAGUUUCCCAUCGUCAAUCGAUUUGUUUCCAGUUACCACAUAAAUUUGACUUCAACAAAACAGGACCCAAAUAAUGAUAUUGUUGUUAGCACAGAGCAUCUCUCUUAAAGAAAAAUAUCAUAGUACAAACAAUUAACGAUAUGUUAUUUAAGCAAAUUAAAGGCUUCGACUAGAAUUGGUGGAGUGUGUUAGGGCUGUGCAGUAGUGCAUCGCAUGGGCAACACAUGAGAAGGUCCCUGAAGCAAGCUCAAGUAGUAGGGUUUAAAAUUUGCCUAUCCCGUUCCUGUCCCGUCCCUGAAGGGUCAAGCUGUAUAACUGACCCGUCCCGUCCUUGUCUCCUUCUUGAC